UUAGCAAAUCUGGGUAUUAGCCCUGCGCUCUACCGAGAGGAUUUGACUGAGAAUACUGUCCUGACGUUCCAUUCACGUUCCAGUGUUGUUUGAUGUCAGUCUAUCCCUUUAGACCACCCAUGAAAUAUGAGACAAAAUCCACUUUAGUGGAAGUGUGGACGCGCACUCUGGAUAUGAUAGAAAAGCUUUGGCAAUGAACUGUGACUGUGGGAUCACUAUUAAAACCAUCUGAUCCCUUUGAAGUGUUUUCAGAACUGCAGGGGAAACACAAAUGAUCAUAAUUGAUAUCUCGAACGCCACAGGAACUUGGCAUUGGUAAAGAAAUAAUCAUGCCAGCAUUUUCAAGCCCACCAGAGACUAAUAUAUGCAAUUUUGUUUUGUAUGUUAAUUCUGCGCAGAGAUGGAUCUUAUACCAACCAGGCAAAAUAAGUCUUAAUUUAAGUUUUAGUAUCACUUUUCACAGUAUCACAGUUUCGCUUUAGAAAAUAGUACUGCUUGUCAGAGCAGUGCGUUUCAUUCCCAGGAAAAUUCCCAUCAAAUGCCUCUUUCACACACCAUCACAUUAGCUUGAAGAGCGUAUGCCCAUCUGGUUGCGUAACAGCGUAAGGAGCAUCACACAGCCUCGGCUCUUGCCGCCCCGAAGAAAAUCCAUUGAUGAUAAAGAGCGUAAUUUGUCAGGUAACCAGCUGUCCAUGGCAAAGCGGCUAGAGUAACUUCAAAAGACCCCCGUCAAAUGGAUGCGCUGAGGAAGACGACAGCACGAGCUGUGCAGCCUGUAUACACUCGCCGCCCUCUAGACUGAGCGCGGGCUGCGAAAUCUGGCUGUUUCUUUACACCGGAGAGCAAAAAUAUGAUUUGUCUCCGCAAAGCUGUAAUAUUGAUGGCGAACCUCGAGCUGCGCUGAAACCGAACGAGCGGAUUAGAGGCAAGAUCCCAAUCUUUGCAGCUGGCACGCGGUCGGGAAGCACGGGAAGUCUGCCCUUCUCCGUUGGGACAAGGCGCCUGCGAUGUGCCGGGAAUCCGGAUGCUCGAGUGCAGAAACAACGUUAUCAGAGCCCUCUCACAAGCACUUGGAGCGCAAGCACUGAGCUAGUAUGAUAGCGGUUUCUUUCAAAUGCCGAUGUCAGAUAUUGCGGAGAGUGAACAAAGAUGAGGGGCCGUACACAAAACACUCCAACUCCUCCAGGCCACCUGAUGGAGCGCUGGCCAUCAGGAGACAGAGUAUCCCAGAGGAAUUUAAGGGCUCCAGCCUGGUGGAGCUGAUGAAGAAGGAGGGCACCACGCUGGGCCUCACCGUCUCCGGAGGCAUCGACAAGGACGGCAAGCCUCGCGUCUCCAACCUGCGACAGGGUGGCAUCGCCGCCAGGAGUGACCAGUUGAACGUGGGAGACUACAUCAAGUCGGUGAACGGCAUCAACCUGACCAAGUUCCGGCACGACGAGAUCAUCAGCCUCCUGAAGAAUGUGGGGGAGCGGGUGGUGCUUGAGGUGGAAUAUGAGCUGCCCCCUGUCUCUGUUCAGGGCUCAGGGGUGAUGUUCAAAAAUGUGGAGGUGACUCUACACAAGGAAGGCAACACAUUUGGAUUCGUCAUCAGAGGUGGUGCCCAUGAGGACAGAAACAAAUCCCGCCCUAUUGUCAUAACGACCAUCAGACCAGGUGGUCCAGCAGACAGGGAAGGUACCGUUAAGCCUGGGGACCGGCUGCUGAGCAUCGACGGGAUCCGUCUCCACGGCACCUCUCACGCAGAGGCCAUGAGCAUCCUCAAGCAGUGCGGCCAGGAAGCCACGCUACUCAUCGAGUAUGACGUGUCAAUCAUGGAGUCUGUGGCCUUGGCAACGGGCCCACUCCUGGUGGAGGUAGCGAAGACAAUGGGCUCCAGUCUGGGCGUGGCCCUGUCCACCUCCAUGUACUGCAACAAGCAGGUCAUCAUCAUCGACAAGGUCAAGCCCGCCAGCAUCGCCGACAGGUGCGGGGCGUUGCACGCAGGUGACCAUAUCCUGUCAGUGGACGGGACCAGCAUGGAGUACUGCACUCUGGCCGAGGCCACCCAGCUACUGGCCAGCGCCUGUGAACAUGUCAAGAUGGAGAUCCUACCCCACCACCAGACCAGACUGGCCCUCAAGGGCCCGGAGCAUGUUAAGGUCCAGCGGAGCACGCGGACGCUUCCGUGGGAGUCCAGCGCCAACAACAACAGCAACUUCCUCCCCUACCAGCACUAUAACACCUACCACCCCGACCAGUCCCGGAGCAGUGCCAAGCAGCAGAAAUCUUCUCCCAACAACCCCCCUCUGGGCUCGUCUUUCUCCCCCACCUCCAUGAGUGCGUACAGCCUGAGCUCGCUCAACAUGAGCACGCUGCCGCGCAACAUGUACCCCACCAGCCCCCGCGGCACCAUGAUGAGGAGGAAGCUCAAGAAGAAGGACUACAAGAGCUCCCUGUCCCUGGCGUCCUCCACCCUGGGGCUGGCCGGGCAGGUGGUGCACACCGAGACCACGGAGGUCACGCUCGUCAGUGACUCCAUCAUGGGCUUCGGGAUCCAGCUGCAGGGCGGGGUCUUCGCCACGGAAACACUGACCUCACCGCCCCUCAUUGCGUACAUUGACCCCGACAGCCCCGCAGAAAGGUGUGGUAUCCUGCAGAUUGGGGACCGCAUCCUGUCGAUCAACGGCAUCCCUACAGAGGACAGCACACUCGAGGAGGCCAACCAGCUGCUGAGGGACUCCAGCAUCACCAACAAGGUCACCCUGGAGAUCGAGUUUGAUGUGGCAGAGUCGGUCAUCCCCAGCAGUGGGACAUUCCACGUCAAGCUGCCCAAGAAGCCUGGAGUGGAGCUGGGCAUCACUAUCAGCUCUCCGUCCAGCAGGAAGCCUGGAGACGCUCUCAUCAUCUCGGACAUAAAGAAAGGCAGCGUGGCUCACAGAACUGGGACUCUGGAGCUGGGCGAUAAGCUGCUGGCCAUUGAUAACAUCCGUCUGGAGAACUGCUCCAUGGAGGACGCUGUGCAGAUCCUCCAGCAGUGCGAGGACCUGGUGAAGCUCAAGAUCCGCAAGGACGAGGACAACUCUGUAGAUGAACAGGAGGUCUCCGGGGCCAUCAUCUACACUGUGGAGCUGAAGAGGUUCGGAGGCCCCCUGGGCAUCACUAUCUCAGGCACCGAGGAGCCCUUCGACCCCAUCAUCAUCUCCAGCCUCACCAAGGGCGGCCUCGCCGAGAGAACGGGAGCCAUCCACAUUGGUGACCGUAUUCUGGCCAUCAACAACAACAGCCUGAAGGGGAAGCCUCUGAGUGAAGCCAUUCACCUGCUUCAGAUGGCCGGGGAGUCUGUCACACUGAAGAUCAAGAAACAAGGAGACUUGGCCAGUCCGAAGCAGCCCUGUGGGGGUCUGGGGGGCGCGGGGGGCCUGAGCGAGGGCGAGGAUGAGGCCCCGAGCGGUGGCGGGGGCGGGGGCAAAGGAGUGAAGCUGUCGGACAUCUUCUCCACCACCACCAUCCCCUCCGUGGACAGCGCCGUGGAGAGCUGGGACGGCUCGUCCGCCAUCGACAACACCUUCAACGCUCAACCUCCUGCAGGCUUCCAGGCGUCGGGCUACAGCUUCCACAGCCACGAGUGGAGGAACGCCAAGCCCAGCCGCGGCAGCUUGUCCCCGGGCAGUGGCAGCGGAGGAGCUGGAGGUGGCGGCGGCAGCACCAGCCGGCCCCGUGCCAACAACAUCCUGCAGGACCUGGGCCUCAGUGACGAUGAGUGGGAGAGACCCCUCACCAGCGGAGGCUCCGCGCUGCCCACCGGCCUAAUCUCUGACAGCAGGUUUAGUGUGGGUCACGACGGCACGGAACCGGAUCAGGAGGAGAACUUCUGGUCACAGGCACUGGAGGACCUGGAGACAUGUGGUCAGUCUGGCAUCCUGCGAGAGCUAGAGGCCACCAUCAUGUCCGGCAGCAGCCUGAGCCUGAACCACGACCCGGCGCCAACCCGCAGCCACCUGGGCCGGCAGGCCAGCUUCCAGGAGCGCGGCUCCAACCGGUCGCAGCACUCGCAGGCCAGCCGUAGCAACACGCUACCUAACGACAGCGGCCGCAAGGCCUUCAACAUGAGAAAGAUGAAGCAGGAGAUCAAGGACAUCCUGUCCCCUACACCAGUGGAGCUGCAUAAGGUGAGCCUGUUUAAGGAGACAGACCUGGAGGACUUUGGGUUCAGUGUGUCAGAUGGUCUCCUAGAGAAGGGGGUCUACGUCAACAACAUCCGUCCCGGGGGCCCAGCCGAGAUUGGGGGACUGAAGCCUUUCGACAGGCUGCUGCAGAUCAAUCACGUGCGGACCCGAGAUUUCGACUGUUGCCUCGUUGUCCCGCUGAUCGCAGAGUCCGGCAACAAGCUGGACCUGGUCAUCAGCCGGAACCCGGUCACCACCCAGCCCACCUCGGACCUGGGUCAGCUGCCCUCCGACGAGCCGGUGAACUGGACCGAGCCGGGCGUGGCGUUGACAGGCGACGGUCCUCACCCCCUCCUGAUGGACCCCGAUAUGGGACUGCAGAUCCCCGGGUUGAUAGGGGACGAAGACAGAGACCCUAACAAGACCUUAUAGCAGAGCGGGGUGGUAGCCCAGAGUCCAGCGCUCUCCAUGGUGCUAAAAUGCCCUGCGCCCCCCACUCUGCUCCCAGCACCCACCACCCCUGCACCCUCUCACACCACUUGGUCUGAAAUGGUGGGGGGAGGGCAGAGAGGUUAGACAGGGGGCCGUUUGUGUAAGCACAUGUAACACUCUUCCUCCUCUCUGCGUACCUACACACACACACACACACACACACACACACACACACAUGAAGAGCAUGUGUCACAGGCCAGGCCCUCUCUCCUCUAGCACACACCCAGCAUGGAUGUGUUUCUGUCCUGUGACACCUACACCUACAACUACUGUACAACAACUAUGAUGACGAUGAUGACGAUAAUGAUAAUGACACUGGAGGAAGACCAUAGCGACCUCUUUGGAGUACUGAGACAUACAAAAGCAAACAAAAACUGCAACUGAAACUGAAACUGAAACAGUGCCAUCCUUUGUUUUUUAAUUGUGAAAGGACAAGACUUAAGGAAAAGAAAAAAAAAAACACUGGUGAAAAAAAAUAAUAAUGAUACAGGAGCAAGUGGAUACUCACAGACGUUUACAUGUACUGUUGGACUGGCCACUCUGUAUGUGUGUGAGGGUUUGUGUGAGUGUGUGUGAAUGUGUAUUUGUGUGUUUGUUUGUAGGACCACACUGUAUAGGCCAGAGAACUAUCCCCACUCUCGUUUUUAUAAAGAGCAUCCCCCCCUCCCCCUAGCCUCCUCAGUCGCCCCUUGAGUUCUCCAACUCGCAACUUUUAUACUCUCCCAGUUUUGUCAGUGAUGCGUUAAAAAAAAAAAGAAUACAAAAUGUAGUGUGGUAGUGGAAAAACAACAACAACCCCCCCCCCCCC